UUCAUCUACAAAGCGGCAAAAAUAAGCCAACCGUCUACUAUGUGUCUCUCGUGAUUCGUGAUUCGUGAUUCGUAGACGCCAUUUCCUCCGGUUUUCCCUUUUUCCUUUCCCUGUGCUUCACAGGUCUCAUUCAAUUCUCCGAUUUUCCUCCAUUUCCGUUUAGAGGUAAAUUGUGACAAAAAGGGGAAUGGAUUCAGAAGAUGACAUGCAUGAUGCGAACGAUUUGGAAUCUUUAGACGAUUUUUACAGCGGUGAUACUGCUAUUGAUUCUGAUGAUGCUGUUGAUGGUGAUUACGAAUUUAUUGAUAAUGAUUCUGAUGAUGAUUAUGAUGAUCACAGUUCUCAUCGUAAUCAGCCAAACUAUACCAUAUUGAGUGAAGCUGAUAUACGUCGAUGGCAAGAGGAUGAUAUUAUGAAUAUAUCAACUGUGCUUUCAAUUUCAAAGGUUGAAGCUAGUAUUCUUUUACGCCACUAUAAUUGGAGUGUCAGUAAAGUACAUGAUGAAUGGUUUGCUGAUGAAGAGAAAGUCCGUAAAACAGUCGGUCUACUUGAAAGACCUGUUGCUGACUAUCCAAAUGCAAGAGAAUUGACUUGUGGAAUUUGUUUCGAGAGCUUUCUAAAACCUAUGAUGAGUGCCGUUGCAUGUGGCCACCCAUUUUGUAACACGUGUUGGACAGGUUACAUAGGUACUUCUAUCAAUGAUGGACCUGGAUGCCUGAUGUUGCGGUGUCCUGAUCCAUCAUGUAAUGCUGCUGUGGGCCAGGACAUGAUAAAUUUGCUGGCUUCCGAAGAUGACAAGGAAAAGUAUGCACGGUACCUUCUUCGAUCUUACGUUGAAGACAAUAAGAAGGCCAAAUGGUGCCCUGCUCCUGGUUGCGACUAUGCUGUUGAUUUUGUUGUUGGUAGUGGAUGUUAUGAUGUAACCUGCCGCUGUUCACAUGGAUUUUGUUGGAAUUGUACUGAAGAAGCUCACCGACCUGUUGAUUGUGGCACAGUGUGCAAGUGGAUUAUGAAAAAUAGUGCAGAGUCUGAAAACAUGAAUUGGAUAUUAGCCAACUCCAAGCCAUGCCCCAAGUGCAAGCGGCCGAUUGAGAAAAACCAAGGAUGUAUGCAUAUUACAUGUACGCCUCCCUGUAAAUUUGAAUUUUGCUGGCUUUGUCUUGGUGCUUGGUCUGAGCAUGGUGAGAGAACAGGGGGUUUCUAUGCAUGCAACCGCUAUGAAACUGCCAAGCAAGAGGGAGUGUACGAUGAAUCAGAAAAACGUAGAGAGAUGGCCAAAAAUUCAUUAGAGAGAUAUACCCAUUAUUAUGAGCGUUGGGCAAGCAACCAAACCUCUAGGCAAAAAGCACUUCAAGACCUUCAACAGAUGCAAAGUGUGCAUCUGGAGAAACUGAGUGACAUACAGUGUCAACCAGAGUCUCAACUUAAGUUUAUCCUCGAAGCUUGGACACAGAUUGUUGAAUGUAGACGUGUCCUGAAGUGGACUUAUGCAUACGGAUAUUAUUUGCCUGAGCAUGAACAUGCUAAGAGACAAUUUUUCGAGUAUUUACAGGGUGAGGCAGAGUCUGGUUUGGAGCGUCUUCAUCAAUGUGCAGAGAAGGAGCUUCAAGUGUACCUCAAUGCUGAUGGUCCAUCCAAAGAAUUCAAUGAGUUCCGUACAAAGCUAGCUGGUCUUACAAGCGUAACAAGAAAUUAUUUCGAGAACCUCGUGCGUGCCCUAGAAAAUGGUCUAUCAGAUGUGGAUGCACAUGGCGCUAGCAGCCGUUCCACAAGCUCAAAGAACCUAGGUGGGAGCAAGAGCAGAAAUGGAAGGGGCAGGGGCGCAUCAUCAAAACCCAGUAGUUCUAGUAGGAAUGUAGAUGAUUCAAGCCACUGGUCAUGUGAACAUUGUACAUUUGCCAAUGUCAAAUCUGCUACCAUUUGUCAGAUGUGUCAUAAUAGACGUUGAAUUAUGCCCUAUACUGUCGGAGCUCACCUUGAGGAGAAAUUGUUGAUUCAAACUCUUCAUCAAUUGGUUAGGCAUCAGAUGGCAAUAAAUGAUGCCCUAAUGAUUGUGGCUCACUUGUUCCCAACCGUCCAUGCGUAUGAGGUGGUGACCUGAUUUCAUACAGAAAUUGCAAGGGUGAUAAAUUGUUGGAAGAGGAAGAUGCCAUGUUUGUAUGUUUCAACGUUAUAGUUUGAGCUGUGUAUAUAGUUCCAUUUGUCGUGGCUGUGCUUGGAUCCUAACCAGCUAUAAUUUAAACAUUUACACUGUUAAACUGUUAUUCUGUACGAUGGCCCGAGCCUUUCAGCCUUGUUGUAAUAGUGAUUAAAAAGUGUUCUAUAGUGCCUGAGCCUUUAAGCCAGGUUGAAUAGUGAAAAGAAGUUGUAACUGUACUUUUUAACAUCUGCUUGCUUUGGCUUUUCGGUGUCAUUCUCAAUAAAGCACUUCACAGUAUCAACUAUGUUAUUUGA